GCGACCCGCCGGGACCUUCCGGACGCACGGAGCCCGGCCCUACCGCCGGCGCCCGCACUGAUUGGCGCUCGCGGCCGGCCUCCAGCCAGCUCACCUGCCCCGCCCAGCCAAUCGGGGCCACCAGAAUUGGGGCUGUCUCAGGGAGGGGGGUGGGCGAUGCUGCUGGCUGGAGGCUGAGCCUCCCUCCCCGCCGAGUUCCCGCCUGGCCCGGCGCAGCCCCGAGCCCUAGCCGCAGGCUGCGUGCCCCUCGCCAGUUGCCGCGGCGCUCCGGGCUCCGCGCGCUUUAACGCAGCAGCUCUCGGUCGGAGCCGCCUCGCGUCUCCGCCGGCUGCGACGCGCCCCGACGGCGCCCGGAGGCGCCUGCCGACGCCGACGCCCCGCAGCCUCCCGCCGCGCCCGCCCUCGCCCGGAGCCCCGCAUCCGUGCCGGCCCCGGGGAGCGGGUGGGCCCGGCUGGGGCAGCCCCGCUGAAGCAGGAUGUUCACGUCCAAAUCCAACUCGGUGUCGCCCUCGCCGUCUCUGGAGCAGGCUGACUCGGACGCGCUGGACAUCAGCACCAAAGUGCAGCUCUAUGGUGUGCUGUGGAAGCGGCCCUUCGGGAGGCCGUCGGCCAAGUGGUCCCGACGGUUUUUCAUCAUCAAAGAGAGCUUUCUUCUUUACUACUCUGAGAGUGAAAAAAAGAGCUUUGAAACCAACAAAUACUUCAAUAUACAUCCUAAGGGUGUCAUCCCUCUGGGGGGCUGCCUGGUGGAGGCUAAGGAAGAGCCCAGCAUGCCCUACGCCAUGAAAAUCUCCCACCAGGAUUUCCACGGGAACAUCUUGCUGGCUGCCGAGUCGGAGUUUGAGCAGACCCAGUGGCUGGAGAUGCUGCAGGAGUCUGGGAAGGUGACUUGGAAGAAUGCCCAGCUGGGAGAAGCCAUGAUCAAAAGCCUAGAGGCCCAGGGGCUGCAGCUGGCCAAGGAGAAGCAGGAGUAUUUAGACAAACUGAUGGAAGAGACUGAAGAACUCUGCCUUCAGAGGGAGCAGAGAGAGGAGCUUGAGCGCCUGAACCAGGUGCUGGAGGCCGAGAAGCAGCAGUUUGAGGAGGUGGUACAGGAGCUGAAGAUGGAACAGGAGCAGAUCAAGAGGGAGCUAGAACUGACUGCAAGAUGCCUCAAGGGUGUGGAGCAAGAGAAAAAGGAGCUGAGGCGCCUCACAGAGUCCUUGCAGCAGAUGCUGGAGGAACUCUCCAUAGAGAAGAAGAAAACCCUGGAAAUGCUGGAGAAGAAUGAGAACCAGCUGCAGACACUGGCCAAUCAGAGCGAGGAGCCCCCUCCCAGUGGGGGUCUCCAUAGCAACCUGAGGCAGAUAGAGGAGAAGAUGCAGCAGCUCUUGGAGGAGAAGCUCCUGGCAGAGAAGCGGAUGAAGGAGAACGAGGAACGCUCGCGGGCCCUGGAGGAGGAGCGGGAGUUCUAUUCCAGCCAAUCCCAGGCGCUGCAGAACUCACUGCAGGAGCUGACGGCGGAGAAGCAGCAGGCCGAGCGGGAGCUCAAGGCUGAGGUGAAGGUCCGCGUGGAACUGGAGAGGCGUCUGCGGGAGGCAGAGGGGGCCUUGCGGAGCCUGGAACAAGGGCUCAACUCCAAGGUGCGGAACAAGCAGAAGGAGGAGAGGAUGCGGGCUGACGUGAGCCACCUGAAGAGGUUCUUUGAAGAGUGCAUCCGGAAUGCGGAGCUGGAGGCCAAGAUGCCGGUCAUCAUGAAGAACUCCGUGUACAUCCACAAGGCGGCCACUCGCCGCAUCAAGAGCUGCCGCUUCCACCGGCGCCGGUCCAGCACUUCCUGGAAUGACGUGAAGCCGUCCCAGUCCUUCAUGACCUCCCAGCUGGAAGCCAACAACAUGCAGGAGCUGAAGGAGGUGGCCAAGCGGCUCAGCCGGGACCAGCGCUUCCGCGAGUCCAUCUACCACAUCAUGGCGACCCAGCCCGGAGCCCCCUCUGCGCUUCCCCCGGUGGGAAAGUGAUGGGCGCCCCUCCCCGCCGCCCAGGUCCUUCCUCACUGGGGGCAGGAGGGAGGGGGAGGCCUGACUCUCCGCGGCUCCUCUCUGCCAGCGCUCCACGUGGGGGCCGGCCUCACCCGCAAAGGACAGGGGCACCACCUCCCUUACCCUCACCCCAGACCCUACCCUUGGGUCAGCUCAGGCCAAGCUGGGUGCUGCCUGGUUGUCAUGGGGAAGCAAGGAUGGGGCCUGGCGGCACGGAGAGACUUUUCUGGCCGGGGAGCGGGAUGGGCAGGGCAGGGCCCACCACCUUCUGCCGUGCCCGCUGUACUUCUCUGUGACUCUGCCGCCCUCCCCACCUUGACCCUUGCUUCCCAGGGCUUCCCAACCCUCUUUGCUUCUGAGAGCCACAGGCGUCCCUCGGUCAAGGCCCCUCUCUGACCACACCGCGGGGCAGGGAAGAAAGGGAGCUGGCACCGCUUCUGGGCCGGUGGCCUGCCACCCUCGCCAGACACACCGUUCCCGGGGCCGGGCCCUGGCUGUGGGGCCACCCGCUCCCUGCCCUACUCAGGGUGACUCGCCCACCUGCAGCCUCGGCGCCCUCCGGGGAAGAUGUGGCCCCGACAUUCCUCCUGUGCAUGUACCGAGGGCCCUGGGCGGGAGGGAGCUGUGGCCAGCAGCGAAACUGAGGUCUCUCCCAGAGGACAGGCAGCAAGUCAGCGAGUGGAAGAAGGCGGCGGGCUCCUGCAUUAUCCACCCCUGGCCCGGCAGGGAGGCUGCUCCCUCUGGCUGCCAUGGCCCUGCUGGGCUGCGGGACCCCAGAGGUCUCCCUCCCAGCUGCCCUUCCUUCGGUCACCUUGCUGCCUCCUCUCCUGUAGAGGCUUUACCCAGUGAAACAAUGUGACCACGAGCCCUGGAAGAUGGGGGGCCAUUGGUUGGCCCAGGGUCAUCAGAGGCGAAGCUGAAACAUCUGUUCGCAGCUUUUGUGGGAGACACUGCCCUCCAGGGUGCUAAGGACUGUGUGUCCCUCUCCCAUGGACAGACUGUCUGGCUCCUCUCCCUCCAGGCCUUCCCUCCGAAACUGCCUGAGUCUGUCGGUCUCUCCAGAAAAGGGGUCUCCCUGGGGUCAGGGUGCUCAGGGGCACGGGUGGUAUUAAAGGUGCUGAUUGUCUGCUGCUUGGACAAUGGAGCCCAGUCUGAGAGGUGGACAGAUGGCUGCAGGGCAGGGGCCUGCAGCCUGUUCUGUGGGAAAAGGAAUGUUACUGACUCAAAACAUGGGCGUGUCUACGGCUGGGCCAGCCAAGGCCAGGCAGGCUGCCCUGCUCUGCGGGCAGGACUGCCUGGUGAAAUGAACCUCAUCAGUCCCUUCUCAGCGGUGGGUGGACUUGGAUGGCCUCAGCCAGUCUCUUACGAGCCUAGGUGGGAAUAGGGGUGGAGGUGCUUCAGAAUCAAUGCAUCUGAAAGGCAUGAGUCUCAAUGUCAAAGCUUUAAAUGUGUAGAAACCUGCAUAAACCUGAACUCAUUGACCUAACGUGUCUGUAGGAUGGACUUUAAAAUGAGGAAGCUUUAGAAACCAAGAUUACUAUUUUAUUUUCUGUUUUUAAAGAAUUAAAUUAAUAAUGGUUUGUUCUUGGAGAGAGAUCUUUCCGAAAUUUUCAAACGCACUUCCCGGCCUGGGCAAGCUAUUAACCAGAGAGGAAAGUGCUUUCUAACGCACAUUCACCAAUCUCUAAUUUCUUCCCUCCUGUCUCACCCUGUACUUUCCACGCCUCAGGCAAGUCUGUGUUAUCGUCAACCAACGGAUCAAUCCAUAAGUAUUUAUUUGUUAAAAACUUACUCUGUACCUAGCACUGUAAAUAGAAAAAGAGUAACAUCCCUAUGUGAAAAUAUGUAGGGGUGAAAAUUACUUACUGGAAAUAUAUGGACCUGAUUUUUUACAGAAACAAAACCCUGUUCCUCGGCGGAUUAAAAGGGUUUCCUGCCGCGU